UUACUAUAGCAACCGUGUCUCCAGACCGCCUAUCCUUGCUGCUUUGUCAACAUCUUUGAGCUGCAGCAGUUCCAGAUGCCAGGCUAAACUGCAGGCAUGAAACUCUGUAAAAGAAUCCUCUGAUGUCAUAAUUUCUGGGUGUAACUGGAACAUUUGACCAUCAUUCCUUUGGCAGUUCCAGCUUUCUAUGGAAGGUCAGUAGAAGCAAUUUAUUUAUUCACCUCUACAGGAGUCAGACUCAGUCUGUUUUGGUUUUCCGUGAAUUAUGGUUUUACGGUUUGGAACUCAGCCAAGGAGGUUUCCGGUGGAAGGAGGAGAUUCUCCAGUUGGGCGAGAGUCAGGGCUGAACUCCAGCGCUGCCUGUGACAGGAAUGAGAUAUCACCAAACAGGCAACUCCGAAGAUGCCCCGCAAGUCAUUGCCUGACAAUAACUGAUGUUCCCAUCACUGUCUAUGCAACAAUGCGAAAGCCACCUGCACCAAGCAGCAGGGAAACUCCUCCUAAAUAGCAUCAUUAAGUCUUUGGUGGAGGGUUGACUAGGUCAAGGGUAAUGGGCCAGUAUCAUAUUAUGAUCUGGUAAACAAAUAAAAGUGGUGGCACUGUUGGAUGAUGACAA